GCAGAGUUUGACGCUAUGGCAAGAACCAAGCAGACCGCCCGUAAGUCCACCGGUGGCAAAGCGCCAAGGAAGCAGCUCGCCACUAAGGCUGCUCGCAAGAGUGCCCCGGCUACCGGCGGCGUGAAGAAGCCUCACCGUUACAGGCCCGGCACCGUGGCUCUGAGGGAGAUCCGUCGUUAUCAGAAGUCUACUGAGCUGCUCAUCCGCAAGCUGCCCUUCCAGCGCCUGGUGAGAGAAAUCGCUCAGGACUUCAAAACCGACUUGCGUUUCCAGAGCUCGGCCGUCAUGGCCCUGCAGGAAGCGAGCGAGGCAUACCUGGUCGGUCUGUUCGAGGACACCAACCUGUGCGCUAUCCACGCCAAGAGAGUGACCAUCAUGCCCAAGGAUAUUCAGCUGGCCCGCCGUAUUCGCGGAGAACGCGCUUAAACCACAACUCCGUCUAAUAAACACAAAGGCUCUUUUAAGAGCCACUUCAUCGUCUCAGAAAACAGAAAAUUUUCUUUCUUCGGCAGUUUCAUUAUUAGAAUGUGG